AUGAUAAUGGUCACCUUCCUCUCCAUCUUCACCACAUACCCCUUCUUCAUUCUUCCAUUCUUUUGUCUAACACUAAUUCUAUAUCUAUCGUAUGUCAUUGUUGAACAAUUCCAGCAAGGUGCCAGAGGCUUUGAAGGACCGCCAACUUACCCCAUCAUAGGUUGCCUGAUUCCAUUUUACAAGAACCGCUAUCGUCUCUUAGAUUGGUACACUCAUCUUCUCUCUCAGUCACCAACAAAAACAAUCGUGAUAGACAGAUUAGGUGCUCGGAGGACCAUAGUAACAGCUAAUCCACACAAUGUAGAGUACAUGCUCAAAACCAACUUUGACAAUUUUCCUAAAGGCAAGCCGUUCAAUGAAAUUCUUGGUGAUUUUCUUGGAAAUGGUAUAUUCAAUGUGGAUGGAGAUAUAUGGUACAAACAGCGCAAGAUGGUUAGCCAUGAGUUCACCGCAAGGUGUUUGAGAGAUUACGUUGUGAAUGCCCUCAAAGAAGAGGUGGAGAACAAGUUGUUGCCUAUGUUAGACUUAAUGGAGGCUGAAAAUAGAGCUUUUGACUUGCAAGACUUGUUAAGAAGACUUGGAUUUGAUGUCGUUUGCAAAGUUUCCUUGGGGUUUGAUCCAUGUUGCCUCAAUCAUUCUCUUCCAUUUUCGCCUCUGCUACAUGCCUUUGAAAGGGCUUCACAAAUAUGUGCUGGUAGAGGGGCUGCUCCUAUAUCUGCCAUAUGGAAGGUGAAAAGAUGGUUAAAAAUUGGAUCUGAAAGACAGCUGAGACUAGCCAUUGAUCAAAUCCAUUCAUCAGUCGCUACUAUCAUCCGCGAGAGAAAGAUUAAGAUCAGAGGAGAAAACCAGCAAGAGAUCAGUAAAGAUCUUCUUUCAAAACUGAUAUUGGCAGCAAACUUUGAUGAGGAGGAAGUCAGGGACAUGGUGAUAAGCUUCAUUAUAGCAGGAAGAGACACAAUAUCUGCGGCAAUGACUUGGUUGUUUUAUCUACUUACUCUCCAUCCUGAGAUAGAAAAUGAAUUGGUUUCCAAGGAGCUAAGGUUUAUAGAAGCUGAAACACUAACAAAGCAUGAGACAUUGAGAGAGAUGAAAUUCUUGAAAGCUUGCCUCUGUGAGACAAUGAGACUCUAUCCACCAGUUGCAUGGGAUUCAAAGCAUGCAAUUGCUGAUGAUAUUUUGCCAGAUGGUACUCGUAUCAAAGCUGGCAAUAGAGUGACCUACUUCCCCUAUGGUAUGGGGAGGAUGGAAAACUUGUGGGGGAAGGACAGGUUAGAGUUUAAACCAGAGAGAUGGAUGCAGAAUUCAGAAGAAGAUGAAGGAGGAGCAGAGCAGGCAUCAAAUUUGUACAAGUUUCCAGUCUUCCAAGCAGGUCCAAGAGUUUGCCUUGGGAAAGAAUUGGCCUUUAUUCAAAUGAAGUAUGUUGUAUCUUCAAUAUUGAAGCGCUUCCAAAUCAGACCAGCUUGUUCAGAUCCUCCUGUGUUUUUGCCACUCCUAACUGCUCAUAUGGCUGGUGGUUUUAAGAUUUUUGUCCAUAAAACUAAAAACAUUAAUUUAGAUGAUCCCUAA